AGGCAGUGUUGUUUUUACGUUCUUUGUGAAAGUUGGUUGGCGGUGUGUUCGGGAUCGGGAGGGGGUUCUCGCCCCUUUGGACGGGGAGCCGGAGGCGGAUUAUUCUCUGUGGGGCAACACCAACAAUUUUCCUUCGGUGAGUAUUGAAGCCGGUUCCGAGCGGGGAGGUCUGACGUUCAACCUGCGGUGAAAGGUCUAUUGGAAGAAAUACCCCAACUGGAAGCAAACCACAGCUGAAGACGGGAACAGCAACAAGUGAACCAGCCCGAGGACUGAGAGCAUCAACUAGAGAGAACGCUCCUGACUCAGAGUUUCCAUUGAUUCAGUCAGGAGAAAGUUUGGUUAAAAAUGACAAGGAAUUUGUCUACGGGAAUGUCUAACAUAACACACAUGUUUUGCUGUCUCUUUUGAUAUUUAAGAAGUGGAGCAAGGGAUUCACUCGAUUAUCCUUCCUGCUCAGACUGUGGCGAGGGAUUUACUCGGUCAUUUCAAUUGAAGGUACAUCAGCAAGUUCGCACUGGGACAAGGCCAUUCACCUGUUCUGUUUGUGAGAAAGGAUUCAGUCGUCUUCCCACCUGUGGACACACUAGUCAGAUCACACUGGGCAGAAGCUCUUCAUCUGCUGAAUUUGUGGGGAAAGAUUCAUUUUGUCAUCUAACCUAAUGGCUCACCAGCGAGUUCACACCAGAGAGCGGCCAUUCACCUGCUCAGACUGUGGGAAGAGAUUCACUUGGUCAUUCCAAAUGAAGGCACAUCAGAGAGUUCACACUGGAGAGAGACCACUCACUUGCUCAGACUGUGGGAAGGGAUUCACUCAGUCAUCCGACCUACUCACACACCAGUCAGUUCACACUGGCGAAAGGCCAUUCACCUGCUCAGACUGUGGGAAGGGAUUCACUCGGUCAUCCCAACUGAAGGUACAUCAGCGAGUUCACACCGGAGAGAGGCCGUUCACCUGCUCAGACUGUGGGAAGGGAUUCACUCGGUCAUCCCAACUGAAGGUACAUCAGCGAGUUCACACCGGGGAGAGGCCAUUCACUUGCUCAGACUGUGGGAAGGGAUUCACUCGGUCAUCCCAUCUGAAGGAACAUCAGCGAGUUCACACCGGAGAGAGGCCGUUCACCUGUUCAGACUGUGGGAAGGGAUUCACUUGCUUAUCCCAACUGAAGGUGCAUCAGCGAGUUCACACCGGGGAGAGGCCGUUCACCUGCUCAGAGUGUGGGAAGAGAUUCACUUGGUCAUCCCAAAUGAAGGUACAUCAGAGAGUUCACACUGGAGAGAGGCCGUUCAUCUGCUCGGACUGUGGGAAAGGAUUCAUUUGCUCAUCCCAUCUGAAGGUACACCAGUCAGUUCACACUGGGGAGAGGCCGUUCACCUGCUCAGACUGUGGGAAGGGAUUCACCCGGUCAUCUCAGUUACUGAGACACCAGUCAGUUCACACUGGUGACUGGCUGUUCACCUGCUCAGACUGUGGGAAGGGAUUCACUGAAUCAUCUCAACUGAAGGUACAUCAGAGAGUUCACACUGUAGAGAGGCCAUUCACCUGCUCGGACUGUGGGAAGGGAUUCACUCGGUCAUCCGACCUACUGGCACACCAACGAGUUCACACCGGGGAGCAGCCAUUCACCUGCUCAGACUGUGGGAAGGGAUUCACUCGGUCAUCCGACCUACUAGCACACCAGCGAAUUCACACCGGGGAGCGGCCAUUCACCUGCUGAGACUGUGGGAAGGGAUUCACUCGGUCAUCCGACCUACUGGCACACCAGCGAAUUCACACCGGGGAGCGGCCAUUCACCUGCUCAGACUGUGGGAAGGGAUUCACUCGGUCAUCCGACCUACUAGCACACCAGCGAAUUCACACCGGGGAGUGGCCAUUCACCUGCUCAGACUGUGGGAAGGGAUUCACUCGGUCAUCUAAGCUGAAGGUACAUCAGCGAAUUCACACUGGGGAGAGGCUGAUCACCUGCUCAGACUUUGGGAAAAGAUUUUCUCAGCCAAAUCAACCAAGUGUGCAUCAUUGAGUUCUUACCGGGGAGUGUCCAUUCACCUGCUGUGAAUGUGAUUACCAUUCUGAUCGGCCAGAGUGGGCAUGUUUCUGUUCUGACUUUCUCCAUGUUUCUGUGACAGAGAAGCUGGCCAAACCUGACUGGAAGGGGAAUCUGGUAGGAAUGACGAUGGAGCAGCAAUGGCUGGAGUUUCUGGGAGCAACUCGGGAGCUGAGUGAUAGACACAUCCCAAAGAAGUGGAAGCAUUGGAAAGGCAGGAGGACACAACUGUGGCUGAAAUGAGAAGCCUAAGCCAACAUAAAAGCCAAAGAGAGGGCAAAUAAUAGAGCAAAAAACAUUGGGAAGCUUUUAGAAACCAACAGAAGGCAACUAAAGAAAGUCAGAUGAGCUCAGGGUGUGGGAGUAUGAUAUUGUAGUCAUUAAUGUGUCUUGAUAGCACCCAACAGCCUGAGGAAUUUAGAGGAAAAAAAUAUCCGGGGCCACGGUAUCUCUUGAAAACCAAGGUUCCCUGCACCAGUUACCUUUCAACUUUUAUUUUGGUAGGCACAUACAAACUCUGCACCCUCAAAAUUUCACUUCUGAAGAACCCCCACUUACCAAAUACUCCUUUGCAGAAAACAGCCUGUCCCAGUCCACACUUUUCAAAUCCUUGCAAAUACCAUAAACAUUGAUCUUUCUCCAAUCUAGAAUCUCAAGAGAGGUCCAGACCUCUGUUUUUCCGUACUUACUUGAAAUCUCAUGGCAUUAUGAUCACUAGACACAAAGUGUUCCCAUUCACUAAUUUCUGUCACCAGCCCUGGAGCAGUUCCCAACAGCUUAUUGUACACUUCUACGCCGGAUGUUUUAUGUACUGAUUAAGGAGCAUUUGACAAACUCUACCCCAUCUAGUCCUUUUACAGUAUGGGAGUCCCAGUCAAUAUAUGGAAAGUUAAAAUCACUUACUAUAUCAACUAUUGUUUCUUGGUAUAGUCUGUGAACUCUCUAAAAAUUUGUUCCUCUAGAUCCCUCAGACUGUUGGGUGCAACCAAUUCCCAGUAAUGCCCACGAUAUCACAAUUCCAUGCCCUGGGCUCAUCUGGCUUUCCUGCGAUGUUCUUGCAUCAUGAUUUCCACAGCUCCACGCAUUCAUCGCACCAGGCUCAAGCAUUUGAUUACUGACUCUAUCUGAGCUCUGAACAACAUCUGUCUGGUGUCAAGAAAGCAACCUGUCCCUCAAUGUCAGGAAAACAUCUGACGCUGAAUUUUGUGGUGAGGAUGCAGGAAAGGUUUUCUUCUGAUGACUCUCCAUGCAGGUCAUAUUUGUGCAGGUGUCACUGCACAGUAGAACAGUGCACCACCACUCCAGAGUCUGCUAAAUCCCCCUGAAUGUUUUUUACAGUCAAACAGGGGUUUUGAUUUGCCUUUCUAGCAAUCCUACGAGUAGUUCUCCCAAAAAGUUUUCUUGGUCUUCCAGACAUCAACUUGACCUCCACCGUUCCUGUUAAAUGCCAGUUCUUACUUACAUUAUGUACUGAGGAAACGGCUACCUGAAAACGCUUUGCUAUCUUCUUAGAGCCUUCUCCUGCUUUGUGGGCAUCAUUUAUUUUAACUUUCAGAGUGCUCAGCGGCUGCUUAGAGGAGCCCAUGGCUGCUGAUUGUUGGGACAAGGUUGGAGGAGUCAGGAUAUUUAUAAAGCUUUGCAAUUUGUACAGCCUGGCCUGUCCUAAUGAUGAUUGCAAACAAGCCAUAGCCCUAACAAGCUAAUUCAGAUCUGAGACCUCGGUAAAAUUUAACUGAGAGCUCAAAUCUCUUGGGGUGCCUGAACUUUUCCAUGGUGCUCCUUUCCCUUUUUUCUCCCACUCUAAAAUUGUACAAAACAGAAAUAAUACACUAAACUCCUGAUGAAGGGUUUCGGCCCGAAACGUUGUCACUACCUCCUCCCAUAGAUGCUGUCUGGCCUGCUGAGUUCUGCCAGCAUUUUGUGUUUUUAAUAAUACACUCAUCUUGCUUAAAAUGUUGAAUGUUUUGUCUUUAAUUUUCUGACUUUUGGAGACCAGUUCACCUUCUACUCACUUAACUAUUCACAGUAACAGGAAGUUUGACCACUGGUGCCCAGCCAUUUGCAUACCACUAUAUGGGAUGGGGUGGAGAGUGCGGGGUGUGACGGGAGAAAGGGGGAGGAGAAGGAGGACUGACAGGGAGCGAAGAGGGAGAACGCGUGGGGUGAGUGGUAGAUUUAGAGGAUGAGAAAGAGGGGAAGACAAUGUGGGAUACGGGAGACAGCAGGGAGUGUUUGAGAGAGGGGAGAGGGUGGGACGUAGGGAGAGAGAGAGAGAGGUUGAGAGCUGGAAAUGGAGGUGGUUACAGAGUGGCGGAGGUGAGUGAGUGAGAGACAACUUUGAUUGAGGUGCGUGAGAGCAGAGCAGAUGGAGAGGGGAAGACAGAGGGCGACUGAUAUUGAGAGUGGGAUGGCGGGUGAUAGGGGUAGGGACAGGGAUUGUGGAAUGGGAGAGAGAAUGGAAGAGAAACAGAUGGAGAGAUGGAUAGAAGGGGAGAGAGUGAGAGAGAAAUGAAAAGAGGCAUGACAGAGUGAGGAGAUGAAGAGAAACAAGAGAGAGGAGUACGAUUUAUUACUAGAGGGGUAGAGAGAGUGGCAAAAAAGGAGAGCGCAAGGAAAGGGGUGAAAGAGAGUGGGAGGCUGGUCAAGUAGCAGUGUAACUGAGAGGGAUAGGGAAGAGAGAAGCGGGAGGGAGAGAGGCGGUGAGGAAGCACGGAUGAUUGAGAGGGGUGAUGAUAAGGAAGGGGUGAGGGAGAGAGGGAGCAGGAAGGGAGGGCUGGAGUAGAGGGCCCUAUGAGGAAGACGGACUGUGAGGAGGGUGUGGUGAGGGAAAUGGGGUAAGUAGCUCGGGGUGAGGGAGAAAGGCAAGGAGAUUGGUGUGUAUGAUCUGAAUUGUUAGAUUAACUGUUUAUCCAGUCCCCAGUUGCAGGGUCAUUAAUCACGUAUGUUCACAAGUCACCGAACAAAUCCACCGUGGGAUUAC